AUUCAGUUUUGGGCGUUUUGGGUGUUGUCCGGUGACAAGCAACGCUAAGCGUAAUGAUCAAACAAUUUAACCCUUGUGUAUUAAUUUUAUUCGUUUUGUGACUGUUAAUGACCGCUGUUGAUAGUACUUUCCAAAAAAGCAUGAUAUUAUGAUGAGUGCUUUCUUAUAUUAUUUCUUUGCUUUGAUUUCCUUUACAACAAAUUGUAAAGCAGAUUCACUGAAAUAUUAUUACGAUUAUGAAUGCAACGAGCCAUUAGUAGCCAAUGCUAAACUGAGUGCCACUUCCAGUCUGCGAGAUAGAGGUCCAGAUAAUGCUAAGUUAUAUGGUUCGUCAGCUUGGACGGCGAAGGAGGCGUCAUACUUUCAGCACCUAACCAUUAACCUGCUAGCGCGCAAGGAGUUGCGCGGCAUCGCCACCAGAGGGCGCUGUGCCACUCAGGAAUAUGUCUCCGAGUUUAUGAUACAGUACUCGGACGAUGGGGAAAGUUGGCGGGAGGUUGCAUCUUCGGAUGGUUACAUUCAGAUGUUCGAAGGCAAUCACGACGGCAACACAGUGAAGCGGAAUGAAUUCGAAGUGCCUAUAAUAGCUCAGUACAUUAGGAUAAAUCCGAUGCGAUGGCGGGACAAGAUAUCCAUGCGCGUUGAGAUCUACGGUUGUGAUUAUGUGGCCGAUACAUUAUACUUCAACGGAUCAUCACUGGUGAAGAUGGACCUGCUGCGGGACCCGAUCUCCGCGUCUCGCGAGGUGAUCAGGUUCAGGUUCAAGACGAGCACGGCGUCGGGCGCGCUGCUGUACUCGCGCGGCACUCAGGGCGACUACGUGGCGCUGCAGCUACGGGAUAACAGGCUUGUCUUCAAUAUAGACCUCGGGUCCGGUACGGCGACGUCAGUGUCUGUGGGCAGCCUGCUGGACGACAACAUGUGGCACGACGUGGUGGUGUCCCGGCAUCGCCGCGACCUCAUCUUCUCCGUGGACCGCGUCGUCGUCACCGGACGCGUCAAGGGGGAGUUCUCGCGCCUCAACCUCAAUAGAGCGUUGUACAUCGGAGGAGUGCCGAACUUCCAAGAGGGCCUGGUGGUAGACCAGAACUUCACCGGGUGUGUGGAGAACCUGUACCUCAACGCCACCAACGUCAUCCAGGAGGUGAAGCAGGGCUACGACUCCGGGGAACCCUUCAAGUUCCAGAAAGUUAACACCCUCUACAACUGUCCUGAGCCGCCGGUGGUGCCCAUCACCUUCCUGAAGGAGGGGUCGUACGCGCGGCUCCGGGGCUACGCCGGCGCCACCACCCUCAACGUCUCCCUCGAGUUCCGCACAUACGAGCACCACGCCCUGCUCAUCUACCACAAGUUCAAGACUGAGGGAUAUGUCAAGGUUUACCUGGAGGAGGGGAGGGUGAAGGUGGAGCUGUCGACUGGAGGCGGUCCCGGGGGCGGGGCGACGGUGGGCGGGCCGGUGCGCCUGGACAACUUCCCCGAGCCGCAGAACGACGGGCGCUGGCACGCGCUGCUGCUCACCCUGGCCCCCGACUCCCUGCUGCUGGCGCUGGACCGCCGCCCCGUGCGCACCACCAAGCUGCUGCGCUUCCAGACUGGACCCACCUACUACAUCGCCGGUGGCAAAGCCCCGCCGCGAGGCUUCAUCGGGUGCAUGCGCAAGAUCGCGGUGGACGGCAACUACCGGCUGCCCACAGACUGGACCAAGGAGGAGUACUGCUGCCCCAACGAGGUCGUCUUCGACGCCUGCCAGAUGAUCGAUAGGUGCAACCCGAACCCCUGCGAGCACGGCGGCAGCUGCACGCAGACCGCGGACGAGUUCACCUGCAACUGCCAGGGCACGGGCUACGCCGGCGCCGUCUGUCACACCUCGAUCCACCCGCUGUCCUGUGCGGCGUACAAGCAGGCGCUGGGCGCGUCGCGCUCGGCCGACGUGCUGGUGGACGUGGACGGGUCCGGGCCGCUCCCCGCCUUCCCUGUCACCUGCCGCCUGCACUCGGACGGCCGCGUGGUGACGGAGGUGUCGCACUCAGCGGUGGCGGGCUCGUCGGUGGACGGGUACCAGGAGCCGGGCAGCUUCCGGCAGGACGUGGUGUACGAGGCGUCGCGCGCUCAGCUCGAGGCCCUCCUCAACCGCUCCCACACCUGCUCGCAGCGCCUCGACUACAUGUGCCGGCACUCCAGGCUCCUCAACUCUCCCAGCGAGGAGGCGACGUUCGCGCCGUUCGCGUGGUGGGUGUCGCGCGCGGGGCAGCGCAUGGACUCGUGGGCGGGCGCUCCGCCCGGCAGCCGCAUGUGUCGCUGCGGCGUGCUCGGCAGCUGCAUAGACCCCACCAAGUGGUGCAACUGCGACGCCGAGUACAGCCCGCUCAAAGCUGAAGAGUUCCAGGUGGACGGCGGGGAGAUCACGGAGAAGGAGUACCUGCCGGUGAAGCAGCUGCGCUUUGGCGACACCGGCAGCCACCUGGACGAGAAGGAGGGCCGCUACACUCUCGGCCCGCUGCUCUGCGAGGGUGACGACUUGUUCAGCAAUGCGGUGACUUUCCGCAUCUCCGACGCGGUGAUCUCGCUGCCGACCUUCGACCUCGGCCACAGCGGCGACAUAUACUUCGAGUUCAAGACCACCAAGGAGAAUGCCGUCCUGCUGCACGCUAAGGGUCCGACUGACUACAUCAAGCUGUCGCUGAUCGGCGGCGACCAGCUGCAGUUCCAGCUGCAGGUGGGCGACACGCCGCUCGGCGUCUCCGUCGAGACCAGCAGCCGCCUCGCCGACAACAACUGGCACUCCGUCUCCAUCGAGCGCAACAGGAAGGAGGCGCGCGUGGUGGUGGACGGCGCGCUGAAGAACGAGAUCCGCACGGCGAAGGAGCCGGUGCGCGCGCUGCACCUCACCACGGCGCUGGCGUUGGGCGCCUCCCUCGAGCGCACCGACGGCUUCGUCGGCUGCGUGCGCGCGCUCCUGCUCAACGGACGACCCGUUGACCUCGUCUCGUACGCGCGCAGAGGUCUGUACGGCGUGUCGGAGGGGUGCCACGGCAAGUGCGAGUCGUCGCCGUGCCUCAACAACGGCACCUGUCUGGAGCGCUACGACGGCUACACCUGCGACUGUCGCUGGACCGCCUUCAAGGGACCCAUCUGCGCUGACGAAAUCGGUGUGAAUCUGCGACCCAACUCUAUGGUGAAGUACGACUUCCUUGGUUCGUGGCGGUCUACGAUCAGCGAGCGCAUCCGCGUCGGCUUCACCACCACCAACCCCAAGGGCUUCCUGCUCGGCUUCUUCUCCAACAUCACCGGAGAGUACCUCACCCUCAUGGUCUCCAACUCCGGAUAUCUACGCGUGGUGUUUGACUUUGGAUUUGAGCGGCAGGAGAUCAUCUUCCAGGGCAAGCACUUCGGCAUGGGCCAGUACCACGACGUGCGUCUCUCGCGCAAGGACAGCGGCGCCACCAUGGUCCUCCAGGUGGACAACUACGAGACGCAGGAGUACAGGUUCAACAUAAAGGAGUCUGCGGACGCGCAGUUCAACAACAUCCAGUAUAUGUACAUAGGACGCAACGAGUCCAUGAGCGAGGGGUUCGCGGGCUGCGUCUCCCGCGUUGAGUUCGACGACAUCUACCCCCUCAAGCUGCUCUUCCAGCAGGACCCGCCGCCCAACGUGCGCACCAUAGGCGGCAUCCUGCACGAGGACUUCUGCGGCGUGGAGCCUGUCACGCACCCCGCGGAGACGCCGGAGACGCGCCCGCCGCCGCCCAACGACCUGCAGGCAGAGCUCGACUUCCACCGCACCGACGAGGCCAUCCUCGGCACGGUGCUGGCGUUCAUCUUCCUGCUGCUGGUGGUGGUGGCGGUGGUGCUGGUGCGCGCACUCUCGCGUCACAAGGGCGAGUACCUCACACAGGAGGAGCGCGGUGCUGACGGCGCGGCGGACCCGGACGCGGCCGCGCUCGCCGCCGCCACCGGCGCCCGCGUCACCAAGCGCAGGGAGUUCUUCAUAUAGCACCAUCAUCCUCCACCACCACCACCAUCACCACAUCAACAACAUCUACACUUACAUAUUGUCUUAUUUCAUACAAUGCGAUCAUUUGAUAUUAAUAGCGAUACAACUUGCACAAUUCCUCUAUCAAUAGUACAUCAAAAAUUACAUUUCUUUAAUGUUUUAUUAUAUAUUAUGUAAUCACAUGUCACAUUCCAUGAGAAAUUAUCAUAAAUAUGUCACCUGUAGGGUCAACUUUACCGGGUGUAUUAUUUCUCUAUGACAUAAAACGUAAAUCAUAAAUCACGAGAAAUCUCAAAAUAACUAUUUUUAAAAUUUAAUUUUGUCAUAUAAUUUGGUAUGUCCGAGCACAAUUCAUGUCAAUAUGAAUAAGUAACUUGUAUAAGUUUUGCAGAUUUGCUCUUAAAUAGAUUUAAUAUAAACGUCAGUUUCCACUGCUCGUACAAAACAUGUCAUUAUUGUUCGAACAAAAUAUGUUUGAGAAGUAGUAAUAUGUUUUGUACAAGUUUUGGGUAAUGAAAACUUAUGAAAUAACAUUGAAAUUGCUUCUACAAGGCAUUUUUGCAAUUGCGUGACCUCUAAAUGCGUUUUUUUGCAACAAAUCAAUGUAUUUUUUAAAUAAAAAUGCAUGACACAAUGUAAUAACUUUAUUAAGA